AUGAACACCCCACCCCUGUUGCGAAUCAAAACAGUUACGGGGUAUUUCCUCCAGGAUGACCCCAUUACUGAUCCCGAUACUUUCGACUACGUAAAAUCAAACUUCGGACUCAUCGAAAAACACUACGACGAGCACCUCGGGGUGGAACAGACUGACAGCCAGUGGCGGCGCUUUGACACCCACAUUCAACGGCUGAACGCCAGCGAGACCAAAAAGCUCAAAGUUCUCUUCCUCGGACGCCACGGCGAGGGCGUCCACAACGUUGCCGAGCGCAAGUAUGGCACCCAGAAGUGGAAUGAUUACUGGUCUCUGCAAGAUGGAGACGAGAACGGCAACUGGGUCGAUGCUCGUCUUACUGAACAGGGCAGAUACCAAGCAAACGUUGCACAUGCAGCUUGGGAGCAGCAGAUCGAGGCUGGCAUCCCGUCACCGCAGUCCUACUACGUGAGCCCCCUGAACCGGUGCCUUGAAACGGCGCAGAUCACGUUUCAAGGACUUCCGAUCCCUGACACGGCCCCUUUUAAGCCGACCAUUAAAGAGCUCCUCCGUGAAACGAUGGGUCAGCACACCUGUGACCGUCGCUCAGUGGCUUCGGAAAUCGCUAAAGAGUAUCCGGAGUACCGAUUUGAAGCAGAAUUCUCCGAGGAAGACAAGUUGUGGAAUGCCAAGGUCCGCGAGUCAAACAAGCAUCGCAAUGAUCGCCUUCGCUGUCUUCUGAAUGAUGUAUUUGCUCACGAUGAUCACACAUACAUUUCGUUAACGGCGCACUCAGGUGUGAUCACUAGCAUUCUGGAAGUUGUGGGCCAUCGCCGCUUUGCCUUGGCGACUGGUGCAGUGAUUCCUGUGCUCGUUUCGGUGGAAAAGGGGUCCCAGUCGCAGCCAGAGUCACAGUCAUUGUAG